AAUGUCUUGUAUUUUUGUGUGAAUUGUUUAUUUGUGAUAUUUUGAUUUGUGUGACUGGUGUGGUUCCACGGACUCCAUUUUCCGUGACUUUCCUCCCUCUGAAAGCUAGACAUUGAAAUACAAAAUACCGAAAUAUACGCCCGUCUCGAAGACUAUAGGCCGUCUGACAAAGCCCAUUUUUUCCUCAUCAAAAGGGGCUUGUUCAACGGCUGGUCGCUGGCCUGGAACUUGGACGCAUAUCAUUUUUCAGUCAAACGUCCAGUGCCGGCGCCGUGAUGGCCUCCGACCGGCCGCAGCUCGUACAGGCGCUCUACUCGUUUAAGGCGACCAACAACGACGAGCUGACGUUCAAGAAGGGCGACGUGAUCACGCUGACCCAGUGCGAUGACGCCGACUGGUGGGAGGGCACACUGGGCGAUACCACCGGCUGGUUCCCGGCCAACUAUGUCAAGGAGUGCUCCGCGGCAGAGUCGCAGCAGUCGGCGGCGCCUAUGGAGCUGGUCAGCCAGCAGCGAGUGUACCGCUCUCUGGUGCUACAGGACAUCAUCGACUCGGAGCGCGCCCACAUCAGCGAGCUGCAGACGCUCUGCAAAAACUUCCUCCAGCCGCUCAGCCGAUCAGACGUGCUGUCGGCGGCCGAGUACCGCCAGCUGACCGGUAACCUGGACGAGGUGCUCGGCGAGCACGGCCGACUGCUGGCCGAGCUCGAGCUGCAGGCGGCCGUUCAGCAGCGUCCGCAGCGCGCCGGACACGUGUUCCUCAGCCGCGCGGCCGACCUGAAGCGCGUGCACACCCAGUACUGCGCCGGCCACCCGCGCGCCGUCUGUGUGCUCGACAAACACAAGGAUGCACUGAACGCGUUCAUGGAGUCGCAGGGCGCCCACACGCCCGGUAUCAUGGUGCUCACCACCGGUCUGAGCAAGGUGUUCCGGCGGCUCGACAAGUUCCCAUGCAUGCUUCAGGAGUACGAACGUCACUUGGAGGAGGGCCAUCCGGACCGGGGCGACACGCAGCGCUCCAUCCACGUCUACAACGAGAUCACGACGAGCUGUGCCACGAUCCGUCGCCAGAAGGAGACGGAGCUGGAGAUUCUCUCCGGAAACAUCCGCCGCUGGGAGGGCGAACAAAUGGCCAACAUGGGUGAGAUCAUCCACAUGGGCUCGGUGGCGGUGGGUAAGGAGCACAGCGACCGCUACUUCGUGCUGUUCCGAACCACUCUGGUGAUGCUGAGCGUCUCCCCGCGAAUGUCGGCAUUCAUAUACGAGGGAAAGCUGCCACUCUCCGGGAUCAGCGUCACCAAACUGGAGGACUCGUCUGAUCACAAGAACGCCUUCGAGAUCGCAGGUCCGAUGAUCGAGCGGAUUGUGGCCGAGUGCCAGAGCCGCGACGAACAGCAGGCCUGGGUGUCGCAGCUGCUCGGACAGAUCCAGGCGGCGCGCCAGUCGGCCUUCCUGCCCAGCCAGCCGCAGCCCAUCCCCCACACGAGCGUGGCUCCGCCGCCGCCGCCGCACCACGCGCCCGUCAGCGAGGUGGGCGUCUCCAGCGCGCCCGGCCCGCUGCGACCCUGGACGGCCGCCUGCCUGCGACCCUCGCCGCCGCUGCGGCCCUGCCUGGCGCUCGGACGGGAGGACACCAACAGAAAGAGCAGCAGGAACAUGGUCUACAAGUACAAGAAGCGAGCAGGCGAUGACCGUUCAUAUGAGGAUGACGCCACGAUUCUGCGUGUGAUCGAGGCGUACUGCACCAGCUCCCAGCCGCGGCACACCGUCAACUCCUCGCUGCUGGACCCGCCGCAUCCCAUCCCCGAGGAGCAGCAGCAGCAGCAGCAGCCGGGCGGCUCCGGCUCCGGCGGCGGCGGGGUGUCAGCGGCGGCCGCCCUGGCGGCGCUGGCCGCCGGCGCCGGCCCGGCCGUGCCCGCCCAGCAGGAGGAGCGGCUGCUGGAGAGCGUGCAGCAGCUGCGGGACGAGGUGCGCCAGCUGCGCGACCGGCUGGACGACGAGCGGCGCCGCCGACAGCACCUGGAGACCAUCGUGCGCACGCACCUGCUGGCCGGCCGCAGCGACAUCCGCUGGGACGAGUGAGCCGCGCUGACAUCCGCGGGACGAGUGAGACGUGCUGGGGCGGGAGGACGGAAAGCGCCGUCUGACGGAGGAACGGGCCGAGAGGGGACGGGAGGGCGGAGCGUCGGAGACAGUGCAGCCGGGCGAAUGGGGAGGGAUGAGAGACCGUAGCGGCACAAAUGAUAAGGUCACACUGUGUGAGUGAUGAUGUCAGAAAGCUGGAAAGGUCGACGUAAGGUGAUGCACAAGACUUAACAUUUGGCAAGCUAGGACGCGGAAUGGCGGCAGCAUUUAUUGGCAGCAGUGCUGCCACCUGUAUCAGGACGGCACGCAGCAGUACGGCGGCUAGGGGGCGCUAAAAGCCGCCCGCCGGUGGCGGAGAUCAGGCAGCAUAUCGAGGUCGCGAGGCGGGCGUGAGGUCGCACUCCUCUCCGGCUGAGGGGAAUCGGUGGGUUCACCGGUAACGCGGGCGGUCACUGCACUCUUAGAUCGUGGUCGAAGUAUCAAAAUCGGACUAUGAUUCCAACUUCCAGCUUGUCACGGUGAUUCGGCUUCGACUCUGCCAAGAGGGCUACCGAAAUGUGCGGCGACUCGCGCUGUCUGGUGGGGAGCCGCGGACGCCGUGCUAUUGCAGAGGCGGGAGAAGGGCGCAGGUACGUCACCCGACGUGUACCCGCACCAGUCGCUCAUGUUUUGCCAAACGACCCGUGCGACCCGCGGUGUAACGCGAGUCGGCCAAACCCGGUGCCUGGGGCUGCGUCCGUCGCAGCCACUUACUGGCGUGAUCAGCUGUAGCAACUGAGCUCCCUCGUUUUACACGGGAGCCGCUGUCCGAACUGCGGUAGUGAUUGUGAUGUUCGCCGACAGAGUGUAUUUAUGUGACGUGUGUCCGCGUAUCCAGCCGGUCACCGAGGAAAUAUAUUGUUUAGACGUAA